AUUCAUUUCCUCGGGUACCUUUGUCUGGCCUCUCGAUCAACCCACCCUAAACAGCUCUCAACUUCAACGCCAGACGCCAAUUGAUGCCCGCCAUGUCUGUCAGAACCCUGCGAAUCGGUCUCAUCCCCGGUGAUGGCAUCGGCAAGGAGGUCAUCCCCGCCGGUCGCCGCAUCCUUGAAGCCCUCCCAUCCUACCUUGGCCUCAAGUUCGAGUUCACCGACCUCAAGGCCGGCUUCGAGACGUUCGAGCAGACCGGCGCCGCCCUCCCCGACAAGACGGUCGAGAUCCUCAAGAAGGAGUGCGAUGGCGCCCUUUUCGGCGCCGUCUCCUCCCCGACAAACGCCGUCAAGGGCUACUCCUCCCCCAUCGUCGCCCUCCGCAAGAAGCUCGACCUCUACGCCAACGUCCGCCCCGUCAAGACCGUCCUGACCGCCGCCAAGCCCAUCGACAUGGUUAUCGUUCGCGAGAACACCGAGGACCUGUACGUCAAGGAGGAGAAGACCUACGAUGGCCCCAACGGCAAGGUCGCUGAGGCCAUCAAGCGCAUCAGCGAGCGCGCCUCCCACCGCAUCGCCGCCAUGGCCGGCGACAUCGCCCUGCGCCGCCAGAAGAUCCGCGACGCCGGCGCCGCCAGCAUCCACAAGUCCCCUCUCGUCACCAUCACCCACAAGUCCAACGUCCUCUCCCAGACCGACGGUCUCUUCCGCGCCACCUCCAAGCUUGCCCUCUCCGACCCCCGUUUCGCCUCCGUCGCCGUCGAGGAGCAGAUUGUCGACUCCAUGGUCUACAAGCUCUUCCGCCAGCCCGAGGACUACGACGUCAUCGUCGCCCCCAACCUGUACGGUGACAUCCUCUCCGACGGCGCCGCCGCCCUCGUCGGCUCCCUCGGCCUCGUUCCCAGUGCCAACGUCGGCGAGGGCUUCGCCAUCGGCGAGCCCUGCCACGGCAGCGCCCCGGACAUCCAGGGCCAGAACAUCGCCAACCCCAUCGCCACCCUCCGCAGCGCCGCCCUCAUGCUCGAGUUCCUCAACGAGGAGACCGCCGCCGCCAAGAUCUACGCCGCUGUCGACGCCAACCUCGAGGAGGGCAAGCUCCUCAGCCCCGACCUGGGCGGUACCGCCAAGACCGACGAGGUUGUCGAGGACAUUCUCCGCAGACUCUAGAGAUGUCGGCAUGAGAUUAUGUAAGAGCGAGUGAGAGAGAAAGGGCAAGAGUGAGAAGAGAUGUGAGGAAAGGGCACCCUUGUAUGGGGACUGAACACGACAGUCGAACGUGGCGGCAGCUACGCCCCUUGAUACCUAACAUUUUACCAAAAGCACAUGUUUCUGAUCUACUUGUUCUCGCCUUCUUCAUGCUCAAAAGUGAC